ACUAUACAUAAACAUCUUUAAAAUAGAAAAAGUCAAAUCAUAAUCACAUGGUUUGGAUUUCUCGGUCCAUUUAUCAACCCCAGUUAAAUUUAAACUGGGUAUUAUAUAAAUUCAAAUAUUUUGGUCAACGGCCAGAGGAAUAUUGGAAGACUUGUAUAAUGAGUGGAAUGAUUAGACUAUUACUCAAAACUCUUGUGUGUGUCGGCAUUGCAGCUGCCUAUCCUAACUUUAAAGAUAUCCUUCCGAAUGGAAAUGAAGUACCACAUCCAUGUAAAGCUAACUACUUGUGGCAUGGUGUAGGCCACAACAAUCCACUUGGAGGUGGAAGUAGAAACCAGUUUGGUGUGGAUUUUAAAGCAGCAGGAUUGUCAUGGACAUCUGAAUUGUGUAGAGAAGAUUCUGACGGAGACGGAAGAACAAAUGGUGAAGAACUUGGAGAUCCUGAUUGUGUCUGGAAACAAGGAACUUUACCAUCACGUUUAGCAGAUAUAACACACCCAGGAGUGUGUACGUUAUCAGAUGGGUCCAUUUGUGAUGCGGACAAAGGAUGGAUAGAUUGUCAAGUGGAAGAUGGACUGAAAAACUGUAAUGUUUUGAAAGAACCAGAGACAUUAAAUACAACCAUUCGCUUUCCUGAGACGGCAGUGCCAGCUGAAGAAACAACGUAUUCCUGUAUGAUCUUCAAUCUUCCCUCUGACCAAGAUUAUCAUCUGAUGGCAUAUGAACCUUACAUAGAUAAUGAGAUGGUCAUGCAUCAUAUAUUAAUUUACGGAUGUGAUCCGAAUGAGGACCCAGUGCCAGACGAACAGCUCAAUACAGUUACCAAGUGUGGCAUGGGAGCAGGUGGUAGCUGUAGUAAACUCAUCGGAUUAUGGGCGGUUGGAUUUUCUGGAUAUUGCAUAGAUGGACCAAUGGGAUUCCGUUUUGGUCAAAGUGGAUUCAAACAGGCCGCAUUAGAGUUUCACUGGAACAAUCCACAGUUAGUAGCGGAUUGGAAAGAUUCAUCGGGAGUUACUCUUUAUUAUACUCCGAAGCUUCGAGCAAAUGAUGCUGCCAUUAUGCAAACUGGUCAGCUAUAUCUUGAAAUUCCACCUGGACAGCAGAGUUACACAGUAGUUGGGAAAUGCCAUUCAGAAUGUUCAAGGAAAUUAAUACAAGCACCAAUUAACAUAUUUUGGGCUAUAAACCAUAUGCACUAUUUAGGACAUGAAAUGAGUAUUCAGGUAUACAGAGAUGGUGUGUUUUAUACAGAACUUACAAAUGAUGCCAUUUAUAACUAUGACAGUCCUGUAGAGAACAAGUACUCAACUGCAGUUCAAGUGCUACCAGGAGACGAAAUUGUAACGACAUGCAAGUUCAAAUCCCUUUCUAGACCAAAGACCACGUUUUUUGGUGAUGCUACAAGUGACGAGAUGUGUUUCGGAUUCAUGGCUUUUUACCCUGCUGAUAACAUGCCAUUCUCUACGUGCACAGCAUGGAAAGAUAUCUCAAUAUGUGAUCAGUGGAUUACACGAGAAUAUAACGAUUGCAAAUGGUCUGAUUUUAUAUCUGUCAAUGUAAAUGAAACAAAGCGCGUAAAGGAUGAAGUAAUGACAAAUUGUAAACCGUUCGGUAAUUGUUUAUCUGAAUGCAAAGCGACACUUCAGGUCCUAUUUGCAGAGCAUCCAUGCAUGACAGGUGACGUAUACGAAUUGAUCAAACAAAUGGCUAUUCAGUGGGACAAUAAGGAAAUGCAAGGAUUCAUUGUAGCAGUUGAUUCAUGUAAAGGUGAAAUGGCUGCCGAUUUGUACCUUCAAAAUCUUCAAAAUGAUAAUACUAAUGGAUCUGACCGGUUUGGUGGCAUCAGUUCACUACUGGUAUCUCUGAUUGUGUAUAUGAUCAUGAUGAUGUUCAAAUAAUUAUUCUUUACUCUUUGUAGUCUUAAAUCAAAUGUUCAAUAAGAGGUAAAAUAUACACAAAUUGAACCCCGUACUUUCCAUUGACCCUCUACCUUCCCCUUCUUGAAAGAUCUGCAUCUACAACUGAUAGAUGUGAUACACAAAAAUCGAUGACAUAAACCCGUAGGCUUACAUUUCGAUGGAUGGUGUAUAACAUCCUACUUUGAUUCGAUGAAGCUCCUCGAUUUCCUUUUACUUAAUGCAGCAGUCAGCUAAUUUAACUGAAAUCUUGGCUAUGUGAAGUCAACGCUUUUAUCACCAUAGCCUCAACAUACACAUCACUAUUGAUGAUGUCGAGAACAAUUUGAUCUGGUAUAUUUAUGCAAACUGUCCGAAAUACCUGCGUUUACGCUGACCGAUAAUACCAUACGGUACAAGUUUUUCUGUACCAGUUAUAAUACAAUACACUAUCAAAGAUAAAAAAUACAACUUCGACUUACCACUGAGAGAAAAUCAAACAAAGGAAUAAAAAUUGAAGAUCUGAAACCACUUCAUUGCUCACCUCUUUAAACAAAAAGGGGCCAUCCUGGAGCAUAGAAUUUUAUUAUCUCUUUGGUGCUCUCACAUUAAAAGCAAGCUAGUUCCCAUCUUAGAAACUAAUAUUUCAUUUCAUAUUUUCAGUGAAUUUUACUUGCACAUUUUUGUGUUAAUACUUUAUACAUAUUUCGAUAUUCAUGAAUCUGAAUAAAUAUAUACAUUAUUGUU